AUGGGAAAAGGCGACGACGUUGUAUCGCGAAAUGGCGCAAACGAUAACCAUCAACGAUACUCAACUAGAUUAGAGUAUGAUUACCAAGUUGAUGAAUCGGCUUAUUGGAGAACGGGAUUACUCUGCGCAAGAGGUGUGCCAUAUGCUGUUCAACUUGAACCUCUCACAAGACUCACGCCAAUUCAUUACGAUAGAUCUUCGUCACUCCGACCACGACCAGCAGAUCUCGAAGACGUUAGCUACUUUACUUUCCUUUGCUCGCAUGCGCAUCGUGCGCUGUACAACGUUCGCCGCCGGGCAAAAAACCGCAUCAUCAACUACUUCCUGCAAUAUGCCAGGGAAAACGUUGAAGAUUACGGCUGGGCAAAGCUUAUGCUCCAUCAUCCGUUUCGAACGCUCCAAGACGUCUUCUUCCUCCCAGAAAUCCACGACGAGCCAUGCGACGCGUAUAUGGAGGCAUGUGAAAUGUCUCGAGAGCGUUGCACCUACCCGCACGAUAGAUUCAACGACCCACUUCCUAAUCCAGAGCCGUCUACCCACGAGGAUACUCAAGAAGAUCUCGAUGAAGAAGCGUUGAGCAACAUGGACGCUGAAUGGGGCACCCAUCCCGACCUGCAGGCCGACUGGUGGAAGAUAUCAAAAGCGGAUCACUCAAUAGGCACAUGCGACAUUGGUCCCGUUACUUCAUACAAUCGGCGCAAGGUUAAGCAAAAAUUGCUUUGGGACACCUUUUUGGACCACUUUAGGGGUGUAUUCAACGAGCCAAUACGAAGACAGUUGCUCCUCCACAUUGACGGCAAAGGAGGCACCGGAAAGACCACUGUCAUCAUGUCCAUGUGUGCCGAAGUUGAGCGUAUCACUGGCAACCUUGGUUCAUGUUCUAUUGUUGUUCGAGUAUCUUCUACAGGAGUUGCUGCCUGUGAUUUUAAUAGUAGCACUUUGCAUUCACUUCUUCGACUGCUAGUAAAGGAUAAGGUAUAUCAACUAUUAUCGCUCGGCAACUUUCGUACGCUACAAGUUUUACUCUCUCCGGUAUCUCAUCAUAGACGAAAAGCCCAUGGUGUCGCCACGCCACCCUUGUCGUAA